GCGGCGCGUCUGCCUACUGCCACAUAUGCUUGCAUCUUUCCAUCUCCAUCAUCAGCACUUGCGCAGAGCAAGCCAACGGCUCCUGCGAUGAUUAUGGAGAGGGCUGUGCAAGAUGCAAACCUCUAAGCCGAACGCAUCCAUCCUACAUCCACUUCCUCUCUACAACACAACCAUACAUGCUCUCGCUUUCACCCUCGCUUCAUCGCCAUCCAUCCCAGCUUUCAAGCCACACUCGCUUACUAGAGGCGCUCUUGGAUAACGAAUCUCUUCUUCCCAGCUCAUUGCAACCCAUUCCGGCUGCCAUACAUGGCUUCUGACAUCCCGAACAGGGCUACUCGCCGCGUCUACUCUCUCGAAGAGUUGCACCGACUUCGUGGCACCGUGUCGCAGCCAAGGCUUCGCGAAGCGAUGGAAGAGCACGACGGCGAAGAUGCCGAGCUUGUCAAGGAACACGUUCUCCGAGGCUCGAAGUCGUUCGCCGCCCGAUCAUGGAAGUCCCGCGCAUCUGCAAUGUCGUCGAACAAGGAGAAUCGCUCCACGAAUGCUUCAGACAAUGUCCGCCUGGCGUCCUUCGCGUCGACUAAGUCUAUAGCUGUCCUUGGCGAAAUCGCUCCCAACAACCAGCAGAUCCUCCGUCCACCACCUGGCCCGUACCGGCCACGGCCCUCACCGACUCCGUCUAUCCGCAAACAGAAGAUCGAAUCACUGGUCAAAGCCCACGGCUCUCCCGACCAUGUUCGCGUCACCGCUGGUGGCCGCAUCGUUCCCAGCGAGCAGUCUCCGCUUUGCCAUCCUCGUUACGGCUACAGUGCAAUCAAAGUCAACGGGGGGUUAAUCAAGUUCGCGCCGAAUCACCCAAUGGGCAAGGCACAAUGGACCCAAGCGACGCAAGAUGGCUUCGUCGCACAAGACAUUAACGGCCGUCUCUGCCAGAUUGUCGACGGCACCAUCUUGCCGCUUCAUGAGACGGAGGCUGGACUGCAGCUCUACAUUCCGGCUCCCAAUCUUACCGUCACCCAUCGCAGUCCCGUCUCCGGCAACUUCGCUCCCCAGUCAGCCCAGCAUGAUGACAACCGAAGUGUCUCUCCGCACGGCAUCCUACCAGCGCCGUCCACUCAAUCGCAAAUCAAUGCGCUCGAGCUUGAGUACGUGAAACUGGAAAGUGAAUUGAGGGACGUCGACAAGACCGAGGUGCUCCAUGGACCAACGAUGGGCAAAGGCGCCAGAGACGCUCUCGUUGCCAAACGCCGCGAGCUCGUCGUCAAUCUUGACAAGAUACGCAAGGCAAUCAAGAGCCUGAGAGACCAGACUGCAGGUAUGUCACACGUCGUAUUCGAAGCGUUCAGUCCGUGGACGACGGAUAGCUGACAGAUCUUUAUGCAGGCCCGCCUCAGCAGCAGUCACCGCCGCGCAACCGUCUGCCGCCAUUCUUGCAAUCUCGUCAACUGCCAGCCGCACCACUCCCGUAUUACGCCGCGCCAUAUGCCUUCCAUCCUGGACCGUCGUCUGACUUCAUGCCAUGGGCUAUGCCGCCACCGGCUACCUUUGUUCAGCCUCCACCGUUGGACGGAUCCGUUUCCGUGACUGGUCUUCCACAGAACGACGGUGCGGCCUCGUUCGCGGAGAUCAAGCGCGUAGCCUCGCCUACCCAAUCACACGCGGUACCGAUCAAAGCCCCCACGGCCCUGGCUAAAUCGAC